GGUACGGAGCGAGAGCACUGCGCCGGGCACUGAACAACACCAACAGUUAGUGUUUCAUCACUGUCAGGACUCGCACAGUCUCCUUAGCCUGCAGGUCCAUGCACACCGCCACGACGUGAAUCCCUUCCCCACAGGUGGAGCUGCAGAGGGAGGCCGCGGCGCGCUGCUUCUUCCCGGUGGUCACCAUGAAGCUGCUGGUGGCCGUCCUGGUGGGCGUCGCCUGCCCCUACGCCCUUCUCAGGGGCAUCUUUAUAGACGGCAGCACGGUCAUCAUUCUGUGCCUGGCUUACUACAGCAUGGCCAGGUUCUGCCGCGUGGGACAGGCCUUCGUUAGCCAGGCCAGCACGGCUGAAGGACUACUGAGAGACCUGGCGGUCAAAAGUCACAUUCUCAGUUUCAACGUAAAGGUUUGUGUGCAUCUCUGUGUUUUGUGUUGUGUGGUGACGCAGCCGUGCAGAGAAAAGUACAUGGUGGCCUUGAAAUCAUGUAUAUUUAAGCCGUGACGGCAUGGUGCAGCC